CUCCACGCGCUGACCGCAUCGUCUCUCCGCAACGACUGAAUACUCUGGCUAGACCAACACUCCAAGCACCACGUCUCACCACAACACCUGUUCACGUCCAUUUGGCUGCCAUAUUGGUCGCAUACCGUUUGCGACCCCGCUCCGCCAGACGCGCAUCGACGCGCUCCCCUGCAACCGCCGUUUUCGUACUUGACCGCCGACUAUUGCUAUCGCGCGUCCUGCACCACUUGCACCCCCUACCCGCAACCUUCUUUGACAGCACUCUACCCACGCCUCUGCUACAGACGGCAUCUUGCGCAAGCACCUCGCAGUCGUCGCGCCCCGCCUGCUCCUGACGUGUCGCGCAUUGCUUGGGCCAGUUGCGCCUCAGGCAGAAUGGACGCCCAGGCAUCCCCGUACCCGGCGUCGCAAGACUUGGUGCCUACCACCGAGAGCGCGCGACCUGAAACGCCGCCCAUGCCUGUCAAUCUGAUAAAACUCGCGUCGCCCGACCGCGUCAAGUUCACCUCCCCCGCGCCGAGGACUACUUCCUCCCUGACGCCGCCGCCAUCCUCUCAGAUACCAAACACUCGCGCUGCUAUGCGCACCCCGACUCCUCCUACGCCCCAGCUGACAUCGCCUCCUCCCACCAGCAAGCUGCCUAACCAGCCCUCAGCUCUGGUGGAGGCUGCAGCCGCCCUGUAUCCGCAGGACCAGAUCAACAAUGCUUCCUCAGAAGAGCUCCGCUCCAUGAUCAACAGCCUCUCCACUGCCUUCCGAGACAUGCGACUCUCUGCGGCACACUACAAGCUGCAGUACAACAUGGCCGUCAUGGAGAGCCAAGAGGCUGCCAGUCGCAUGGCUGUGGAGCUGGCCAUGGCUCAGCGUGAGAUCGAUGUCUUGCAACAAGCCGAGGAAAAGCGCCGGAACAUGGCCAUGCCGGAGCAGAGCUAUCAGGAGUCUGCAAACGCAGCGAAUGCCGUCAUCAUGUCUGAAAUGAACCGCCAGAUGCAGAUGCUGCAGAGUGAGAAUGAGGAGCUUCGUGAUCUGUUCGAGCAGCAGAAGCGCUUGACUGAGCACAGAGAGGGUGAGCUGGCCAGCCUGAUGGAGGAAAACGACAGACUGAAGACGAGGAUCCGCAAGAACCGCGAUCACAUUGCGCCCCUUCUGGAGCAAAUCGAGCAGGGGUCACCGAGAUCUGUCUUCGGGACUCCACACCAAGCAACCCCCCGGCAUCGCGUCAAUCGAGUGCCACCCCAGCUCACCAACGACAACAGCAGAGGGCAGAACAACUUUGAGGCACUCCUUUUAGCCGACAAGAUGCUUAGCCAGGAGACGGCCACAGCUCCCUCGACACCGACCAGGGCGCACAUGCCAAGGUCACGAUUUGGGCACCAUCGAGGCGCACAGUCCAUGUCCUCCCUUCCUCAGACUCCAAAUCGACGUGUGGCUCAGCCUCGCGCUGAAGUACCGCGUACGCCGCCCCAUUUCAUACCCGCAUCUAUUCCUCAGUCGGCACCCCCAGCUCAUUAUCAGCCGAAGCCCGUGCAUAACCGUCGACAAAGCAGCAACUCCACCAUUACUGCAUCCAGCGUAGACGAGGAAGAAGCCUUCACGGACAGAGAAGGAGAAGAUGAAGUCCCCGAGUCUCAAGCAAGCCAAAUGGCCACGAGCUUGCUACGAAGGGCUCCCCCUAAAGGGCAAAUGUCUGCGCCAUCGUCCCAGUCCUCGAGUUUAAUUCAAAGCAAGAUAUUCGGACAGGUCAAAAAAGGCUCUGGAUUGUCUCGGUCUGGCGAAUUUGAGAAGCGUAGACUGCCGUCAUCUUCAGACCAUCACAGUAGUCCCAGCAAGCGAGGACGCAUCGAUCAAGGCGUAGGUCUCGGCAUUGGCGGUCUAUUGCGAGAAUGAGCGUUCCUGACCACCUUGGCAGGGAUACUAAUGUAUACGAUAUUACGAAUCUGGGUGGAUAGGAGGAGUCGGUUUGGAGUCUGCUACUCGAAAUAUGGAUUUGGAUACCCUUCUUUGACGCCGCUGAGCGUCUGCAAUCGGCUACAUGUCGAGCUUUUAUCAUUCUACACUUGCCCGCACUGAGCUGGGCCCUUACUUUUCGGUUGUUUGGGAACCACGAUCUGGAAUGGAUCGCUGAUGGUUGACGAAGGACAUGUUAGUAGCUAGUGAAUACAACUCAAUGUAUAUUUGGAACAUCUCAAUCCAUGCGAUAUAACACC